GCACAGAUAUGCUAUGUACUAUGCUGCCAGGACCAAGAACGAAAACAAGGGUGUGACCGAGAGCAUAAAAUGUUUUCUUCUUUACUUUUCAAGGAAAAAAGCUAUACUUUACCUUUCCAGACAGUUUCAAGAGCUCUAAUUAAUAGCGCAAAAAGUGUGUAAACGUGCACCAAGUAUUAGUAACAUGAAGUACGAACUCAAUUAAUGUUGUAAGGAUAAUUAACGAUGUCUUAAGUGUGUGCUGAAAAAAAAAACUCAAGUAAAAGAUGACUUUAAUCUAGUGGUGUUUCGCUGGUAGCGUAUGAGAUUUACCCUUCUCGUCGCCAUACACCACAUCUUCUAUAAUUCAAUAGGUUCUAGUUUCUUUUCUUUUAACAAAAGUAUUGAUGAUUGUGGAAUGACCCAAGGUAGUGCCGACAGAAAUCUUUCCAAUCGAAACAACAAAAUGUAAAACAGCUCAAGAGAAGCAAUUUGUCAGCGUCGUUUGCAUAAUUGAAGAGAGGAUAUUCAAUUGCGAAGUCCAAUCAUUCAUUAGUUAAAAUAGCACUGAGUGUAGUGUAGUGUUAGUGCGUGUAUAUAUGUGACUUAUUGGCACAAUGCAGGGUUCUUCGCCACCAAUCAUGGGUUAUCCUGAAGAUGAUGAUCAAUAUAAAGUGCCAUUGAUCGCCAAACUCUUACAUGCGCUACCUCAUUACAAUAUUACGUUUCAUCGGAUUAACAACACUUUUCGUCCGUCGAAUGAAGUUUACCUAGAGAGUCUUGGAAUCCUAGGAUCGAUACCUGCCGCGCUGCUGAUAGUAUCACUUUUCGGACUCUUGUUAUACCUUUUGACUAGAUGCUGCGACCGUAAACCCCGUCCAGCGCAUUCAAUUACCAGCCUCAAAGUAACACUGUCAAUCGUGACGGUUUUGUGUUGCGCGGCCAUCGGCCUUGGUUUAUACGGUAAUGACGAUCUUCACAAUGGUCUACUGGAAGUACUGCAAGCUGGUCGAAAAGUAGAUAAUGUUGUGUCAUCAGUUCGUAACCAAACUUUUAUACUAGAGAACACAUUGACUAUGAAAAUUCAACAACAACUUACCGAACUAGAAGACAUUUUCGAUGCUAAAGCAAACAACUUAACUGCUUUGGUGCAGCUCCAAAUGGCACUAACAAUAACCAAAGGAAACGUAACUAUUGCAAAGAAUGCAGCAAACGAUAUUCGUCGGCCGUUAGUUGGUUUGACAAUAACAGAUUUCUUAUCGAAAGGAGAUCAAUGGGAGCUAAUACGAUGGCCCGGAACGGUAGCUAUUCUUGCUUUGUUGCUAGUUCUAUGCGCGGUACUUCUUGUCGGUGUAGCGCGACACUCACGUUGUGCAUUGAUCUUGUUCAGUGUAUGCGGGCUGCUAGCAGUUACCGGGUCAUGGUUGAUGUCUGGUUUAUACUUGUCAACAUCCGUCGCAGUGGGAGAUCUAUGCAACGAUCCUGCUGAUUUUUUGGUCCAUCAAGCACCUAAUGAGUUACCGUCUGAUAUACUGUUAUAUUAUACCCAAUGUGAUAUUGCACGCUCCAACCCUUUCACCCAACGACUUCGAGAAUCUCAAAAUGCAAUCAAUAAUGCUCGAAACGCCAUGAGUGUUGUAUCUAAAAUCUCCCCAGUGCUGUUUAAAAAUGCUGGACUAGGGCCGAAGCUGGGUUCUGUCAAUGCUGAUAUUAAACUGUGCGAACGAAUCCUGACAGGUUUGACUGCGUUGGUGGAUUGCAAAGCAGUGCACUACAGUUAUCUUAACGCCACACGUGGACUAUGUGAAGGAGGACUGCUUGGGCUCGUUCUUAUGUUAGUUGCUAGCUUCAUGGCCGCUAUUUUACUAACGGUCAUGGUUUGGGUGGAUUCUCACACGUGGAUUUAUAUUCGAAAAAGGAACGAUUAUGCUCAGGUAGAAGAACAGUCAUACGUCUCAGCCCAUCAACUCCAAUCACAAAAUCAUCAAAACGCCUCUACGCGAGCAAUGCCACACAUUCAUAAGGGCCCACCGGUGAUUAGCGGUUCGCACACACUGGCACAUCCGGCACGCAAUGCUAAACAUGAAAUGACUCCACAACAGCAAGCUCAUAUGCAUCAUCACCAUAAAGCCAUGAUGCGACCAGGUGGAACACACACCCUCGGUCGUUUACCUUCUCAUAACAAUAGCCCAACUCAUAUGCAAGGCCCAAACAAUGGCAAAUAUGCUACUUUGAGCAAGCACUGCAAAACACUGGAUGCUAAUGAUUUUUACUGAAGUUACGCCGCCUGUAACGAUAAGAAGUUUCACCCGCCGAAUAUGCAGCAUUAUCACACAUUGAGUCCUCAACAACAGCAACAGCUAAUACCAAUGCAGCUGCAACAUCAACAGCAGCAGCAACAGCUUUUGCAACAGCAGCAUCAGCAGAUGCCCCCAAACGCUAGACAUCACCAGCAUUCAGUGGGUCAUCCGAGUCACACUAUGACUAUUAAUCGAAAAAUGAUUGAGCAAAGUCACUAUAGUGAAGAUAAUCCGCCCCCACUGCCGCCUCUACGCAAUCCACAGAAAGCACUAGAAACAGUUCAAGCAAUACCAAGUCUAAACGAUAGUUCCGUCAAUGAACGCGAUAAGCAAAUUUAUAUUUGUUCUUCGUUAAAAAAUCCAAACAAUCAAAACUUGAACAACAAUGCUAGCAGCAGUAACAGCAGUAGCACUAACAGUCAAACGAACAAUUCUUGCAGUUAUCAAAACAAUGGGAACAACUCAUAUGGUACCAUGAAACCCACUAACAAUACAAUUAAAAAUCAAACUACGUUCAAUUCAACAGCAUCAACUACAACAAAACCACUAGCAUCAAUCAUUAACACACCACUACCGGCCAUUCCGAAAAAUUCACAGUCACUAGUCUCGAAAGAUGAAAUUUAUGUUAAACGCAAAUUGAUAGACCAAAAUAGUAAGUUUGCCACACUAAAAGCAAUUCCGCUUCCAAAAAUAGAGGCCCUGGAAAUUGAAGCUCAGAAGAAAAAAAAUACCCAACAGACAAAACAACAAAAUCUAUCAACUGGCACAGCUAAUGAAAAUACGAUGACUACGAUCACUGAUCCUUUACCAUCACCUCCCGUAACAACAAACGUUAAUACCAUGACCACAACCCAAAUUCAAUCUUUGCCCCUGCCGCUACCGCCACCCGAAUUAAUAGAGGAACCACUGCCUCCACCCCCGCCACCGGUUGAUGAAGAUGGGCAGAUUGUCUAUCACGACGAUUCCACGAAUAUGAACGUUGUCAAAAGUGAUUUAAAAGAGGUAAUCUACGCUACUAAAAAGAUUACAAAUACUCACACAAAUGGUGCAUCCAAUGGUAAUAACAGCGUAGCAUGUGGAAAUUGCACUGCGAACCCAACGAACACAAACAACAAUAGUGAUGAGAACAGUUUCUAUGCGGUUACUGAGUUGUAGGCUAUACUAAACUUUGAAAGUGUUAAAUUAGUAUAACUUUGAAACAGGGUGACUGAAACACACAAAGUUGAAUCGUUACAGGCGGAAUGUACACGAUACUUGUUGGCAGCAAUGAUAAAUGAAGCCGCCAACAGAUUCAUGAAAUUUUGGAUAAAAAUAUGUAUGAUAAUGGGAGCAUUAGCAUUAUUGACUAGUAUUACACAGCAUAAACUCCCCUCCCAAUAUUACUACUGACACUAAGUUGUAGCUUUAAAGACAGAACAAAACCAUAUAAAAGGCAAGACUUACAACACAUUGAAAACAUAAUAUUUUUAUGAUUUUUGACGUUAUACUAUAGUCCCAAAAAAUCGGAAUAAUAUAUUAAUGUUGAUAGGGAACACAAAAAAAAACAAAUUAGAUGAGUAACGAAUGGUUGAGUCUCGAAAAGCUUAAUUACGACAAGCUGAAGUUAAAAAGGGCCUGGGGCAACUCUGACUACAAUGCACUGAAUGAUAUAAGCCACACCACUCUCAAACUAAAUAAUCUAUUCCAGUUCUACUGUGUGCUCCGAUAUAUUAUGAUACGAACAAAAAUUUAAAUAAUGGUUAAUCGUAUUCAACCGUUUUAAAAUUGAAAAUAUAGACGACUAACGUUAAAUCAUUCCUGAUAAAGUUGAUUAGUUUUUCUACAUCUACUGAUUCCUUGGCGUUAUCUCUUAGUUCUGUCCAAAAAAGUGAUAGCGAGUGGGGAUAACAUACAUUUCAAACAUAGAAACAAUAGAACAAUAGAAAGAUUUUUUAGUAGUCUGAUUGCCUCGUGUGUUUUCAGCCUUCCGAAAUUUUAGCUUUUUGGACUUCAGCUUCACGUUUUUCAGUUUUUUAUUUCCAGCUAUUUGUAAUUGACCAAAAAAAAAAUACGGCCAUUUGGUAUUAAUGCAUUGACAUUCAGAUGCAAUAUGAAAUGCGAACACAAGUGAAUGCAUCCUUGACCACCAUCAUCAACUAUGAUUGUUUUAUGUGUUAAUGUCUAUAGAUUACAAUAUCUAUUUGAUACACUCUCAUGAUAAAAUGAUCACAUUUCAAAUUGGUUACCAGUUAGAGUGGACGGAUAACAAAACAAUAAAGCCAAAUGUUAUCAACUUGUAAUCUUUUUCGCCAAAGAUUUAUUCUAGUCUGAGAGAAACCAACUGCUCAAAUAGUUGCUAAAGCAUUUUAAAUUUUUUGCAUACUAAUAACAACAAUUCGAGAAGUUAUCAAUAGGAGGAAAACAUCUGAUUGAAGCACUCGGGUAAUGUUAAUUACCUCAUUCCAUUUAUUUUAACCAAAAAAGUGCAAUUUAGAUUUUUGAGUUGUUGUAAAUAAACUCUGGGCAAGACUAAUACAAAACAACAAGAAUAAAUUGUCCUUAUAACACAACAUAAAAUCCGAAUGAGUCCUAACUAACUCUUUUUGAUAUGCAUAUUAAUGUAUUUAACAUAAGAAAAAAAACAGUAAAAGACACCUGCAAAAUUUCCACAAAACGAAUAUCCGCAUAUUAGGAAAAGCAUAACAUAAAUUUUGUAGAGCAGCAUCAAAGCAGAUGGCAUGUAUUGUGAAAAAACUUAAAUAAAUAUAUUUAAUUAAAAAUAUUGAAUGUAGAAAGAUAAUUAACUGUUGUACAUGAUUAUUUUUAUUUACUAAUAUCAUUUACCUAAUUGAAAUCAAAUAUAUUGAACGAAACAACAUACUAUAUCAUAGAUAUACCAAAUAUACAACUUCAUCGACAUCGGCAGAAAGCAUGAUAAAGUCGUGCCACUACCAAUAGUAGUAUGCUGACUUUACCCACGGCUAAAGAUGCCAUCAUCUGUAGAAUCUCUGCUGCAAGCGCGUAUAGUCAUAAAAUGAUCGACACCACAAUUCGCAUUCUAACCGAGGUAUGUUAGGUUCUAUUUGUAAUGUUACAUAAGAGGAUAGUAAACGAAGGAAUUUGUGCAGCCUAGCAAAAGUUUUCAUUAGAAUAUAGUUGAUGACCAUUCAUGCAUGAUAUUGAAAGCAUAUUUCAGUGAAAAUCAUCUGAACAUAAUAAAAAGUAAUUAUGUAGAAUUUCAAAGACUUCAUGCGUAAUUUAAAAGUAAUAAACUUAUAAACCAAAACUAAA